GCUACUUAUAUUUAACUUUACACUUUUAUUUAGUUGUUCGAGUCUUUGUCAGCGUGUCGGUGUUUUAUUGUUUGCUGUGUGUGUCUCGCCUUUUAAUUUUGUACGUAGAGUCAGCGCCAGAGAGCUAGCAAUAGUUGGCUAACCUUUUAACCAAGGGCAGAGCCAUGGUGGUGAAGAAGAAGACAGCCAAAGUGGAGGCUGUGGUUUUGGAUGAGGAGAAACUGCACAAGCUGAUAGCAUCCCUCUCUGUGGAUGGAAGAGAGGAUGGAGUCAGUCAGGUUGCCCAGACCCUGCAGUCCUGUUUGGAGCUGACAGAGCCAGUGCAGCAGAUCCAGCUGGUUAAAAAGGCAGCGUCCCAGCUGGAGGCACUGAGUGAAGAACAGCCUGAUGGAGCUCUUCUAGAGGCCUGUCUACACACCCUGUCUCUGGUCUACACCUCCCUGCAGGCCAAGAACCCCCUACGACGAGCCAUUGCCAGUGCCUUAGGUUCAGUACCAGCCUGGCUACAUGAGCGUACUGUAAGCAGUUUGUCUGCCUGCUUGUCUGACUGUCUGUCCAACCCAGCUUCAGAGCAAUAUCCACACAUCACAGACACCAUCACUGCCUGUCUGGAUGGCUUCACUCUGGGUGAGAGAUGCAUUAAUAAACUGCUGCUUGAAGUGUUGCAGUUCCUUCACAAAGGAUUGAGUGAAUACCUUCAGCAGAACAGUGGUCUAGCAGGACGUCACAUCGCCCAGGCCCAGCUGAUGCAGUCCUGUCUGGCUGCGGUAAAAACCUCCAUGCUGGUGAUCCAGAGAUCCCAGGAGACCAUCGGCGCUGCCCUGCAGGCUAAACAGAAUCACUGCAAGCUGGAGGACACCCUGAGUAGCCUCUUGGACUGCUACAUACAAAUCCUCACUGAUGAGGAGUUCAUCCAGUCAGUCCAGAGUACAGCCGGCAUGGCUGUAGUGUUACUGACCAGGUCUGUCAUAGGUUGUGGAGAUGAAGUUGCUUCUGUGGUGUGCAGUUUGCUGCGUAGCUCAGCGCAGGGCUUGGACUCAGCCCCUCGGUGGCUAAAGCAGAGGUGUGAGGGCCUGUGUACCAGUGGUCGCCCGCCAGGUGUCUCUCUGUAUCUGUGCCAUGGGGCUCUGGCCAUGUUGAGCUGGAAGGGCACUCUCCCAGGGCCACAGUGGGAACAGUUGCUGCUUUUGGUCCCAAAGACGCUGCUGGAUCUAGAUGUCAGUAUAAAGGAGUCCAGUACUGCCAUGGUGGUGGCUCGGGUGCUGACCCUGUGGAGCAGCACUGCCCUGGACUGCCUACAGGGGGAGAGGCAGCCAGUCCCUCCCCGCCUCCAGCAGUCCCUCAGCGGAGGCUCGGAGCUGCAGCGACACCUGCUGGAGCACAUCUACUCCCACUGGGAGCACCCACUGGACGGAGUCCGCCACCAAACCCGCUCCCUGUUCCGAAACCUCCUCCUCCUACAUCAGCACACCAACCCCUCCACCUCUGACCCAACCAAGGACUCUUACAUCACAGAGCUCACCCAAAGCCUGCUGGGUCUGGAGUGGCAUAUGAGGGGGAAGUACGGGUCCUUGGGCUGCCUCGUCGAGCUCUAUGGGGCAGGGUACCUGCUUGACAUGGAGCCCCAGCUGCCUUCAUGUCUGCUGAGCCUGAUGGGUGACCAGACCCUGGCUCCUUAUGCCAGCGACCUCCUGGAGAGGCUGUUUGUCAGCCACAAGGCACAACUGGCCAGUGAGUGUGGUGUAGCAGACAAGACAGCCACAGAGGACUGGAUGGAGCGCUGGCACCAGACGUGGGUAACCCCCUUGCUACAGGUGCUGUGCCGUGCCAGACUGGAUCAGACCACGUAUAUCCUGGACUAUUUCCUGCCCAAGCUGCUACGCUGCAGCCCCUCCAGUCUGGCGCACAUGGUGCACGCCUUGCAGGACACACCACCGUGCAGCACAGGUCCUUCAGGCAGCAGGGGUGCACUGGGAGCUCUCAUGACGUGCCUGCGGGCAGCCAGGGCCCAGGGUGUUGUUCCGUCCUCAGAGGAGGGUCUGUGGGGAGGACUGGUGCCCCUCUUCCUACUCCAACAAGCACUGGUACACAAACAUGAUCAAGUGAGGAUGGACGCCUUAGGCUUAGUGUGCGAGAGCCACCGCAGCACUGAAGUUCUGACCUCACAGGAAAUGGACCUGCUCCGCCACUUCCUGCUGCCUAAUCUCAACAGUCAGUCACCAGGCGUCAGACAACAGACAGUCAGCCUGCUGAAGAAGUUGCUUUGUAGAAUGAAGGACAGCACUCUGCUGCUGCAGAAAAGGCUGAUCCAGGAGAGAGACCAGGAGCACAGAGACAGAGACCAACACACACUACAUCUGUACAAGGAGUUCCUGCGCUGGCUGUGUGUGAGGCUGCUGGAGGUUUUGCUUCCUGGCGCUUCCUUCUCUAAAUGCCUUCUGUCCCUCCACCUGUUGUGUCUACUGGGCCAGCUCUUCACCUUCAGCACAGGGCCUGAUGUGUUUGCCCUCGGUGAAGUUGUGACCUCUGCCCAUGCUCAGAACGUCCUCUACUGUGUUGCCAGCAACUUCCUGGAAGUCAAACUACAGGCCUCGACGUUACUGCGGCAACUCCCGCCAUCAGCUGUGGGACUACAGGUGCCGGAGAGGAUGCGUUGUGUGCUUCAAGCUGCUCUGGACCUCAGUACCAGCACAAAGCCUUUUGACAGCGUUACAGCGGCCCACCUCCUCAACCUGCUGCUCCAGCAGCCGGACCUGAGCCAGUCUCUGGUGCACUGUGUGCAUGAGCAGGGUCUUGAUUUCCAGCCUCCCUCCCCACCGUCCCAGGCUUCUGAGACGGUCAUCUUGGAGCUCAACACACUGGCUGUGGUUCGGUUCUUGCUGCGCUGUCUGCAGUUAGAGGUGUCGAGGGCUGAGUCGUCUCUCUUGCAGGCAGCUGCUUCCUAUCCUCUCUAUGGCAGAGCCCACUGCAUCACUGCUGUCCUGCAGCAUCUAAACACUGAGAGUUUGAGCCAGACUGAGCAGUGGAGAUGUCUGGUGUCAGAGCUGAUCACUGUGUGCUACAGGAUGUCUGAUGUGGUCUCCCCUGUAGUCCAGAGCUCCUCCCCAGAAGGACUCAUCCCCAUGGAUACUAACUCAGAGACGUCAGCAGGUCUGCAGAGGAUCCUGCAGGAGAUUCAGCCCAGGGACACCAAUGACUUCUUCACAAGUACCAGAGAGCUGGACACACACCACGGAGAUGAUGACACACAGACCCAGACCACACACACACCGUCACUGGACACAGGCAGUGAGGGCUACAGGGUGACAGCCCAGAUGGUGCUGGUAUGUUGCUGGCGGAGCAUGAAGGAAGUGGCCAUGCUGCUCGGACAGCUGUGUCAGAGCCUGCCUCUGCACUACACCAAUGACAACACGCGCACACACCCCGGGCUCAUCACAGAAGAACAGGUGGAGGGGGUAGGCCUGUACUUCCGUCAGCAGCUCCUGCAGUCCCGUCAUCGUGGCGCCUUUGAACUGGCUUAUGUGGGCUUUGUGCGCCUCACCGACAUGCUGUGCAGAAGUGGAAGUCAGGCACUGCAGCAGCUUCCGGCCCGCUGGCUGUCUGAGGUUCUAGAGGAGGUCAAAUCCAGUGACCCGUCGUCCAAGCUGUGUGCCACACGACGCAGUGCUGGAAUACCCUUCUACAUCCAGGCUCUGCUCUCCUCUGAGCCCAAGUCCUCCAGUUGCAGUCUGCUGAAAAUGACCAUGAGAGAACUGAUCGCUUUGGCCAUGCCCUCUGCUAACAGGAACACUGACAGCUCCACCGUCCCUCAGGUCCAUGCUCUGAACAUCCUCAGGGCUCUGUACAGGGACACUCGUCUGGGGGAAAACAUCAUUCCCUUUGUCUCAGAUGGAAUGCAGGCUGCUAUACUGGGCUUCACCUCUCCUGUUUGGGCAGUGAGGAACUCCUCCACUCUUCUCUUCAGCACUCUGAUCACAAGGAUCUUUGGAGUGAAGAAAGGGAAGGACGAGCACUCGAAAAAGAACAGGAUGACAGGCCGAGAGUUUUUCACUCGUUUUCCGGCUCUCUAUCCGUUCCUUCUGAACCAGCUGGAGGAGGCUGCAGCCACAGUGGAAAGCGACAGUGGUCAGGUGAAGCUUCACCCCAGUCUGUUCUUGCUGCUGCUGGUGCUCAGUCGACUCUACCCUUCUCCCAUGGAUGGAUCUUCUUCACCUCUGGGACUCGCUCCUUUCAUGCCCUUCAUCAUUCGAUGCGGUCGCUCAGCAGUGUAUCGGACCAGAGAAAUGGCGGCUCGGGCCCUCGUCCCCUUCGUGCUGGUCACCCAGGUCCCAUCCACCGUCCACGCUUUACUGAAGGAGCUUCCCCCAGAGCCCAGACCCAAUAUCCAACACAACCACAUCCAUGGGACUCUGCUGCAGGUGCUGUUUCUGCUGCGCUCCUACCAGACCGACUCACACAGACCCCUGCCAGCAGGCAGUGGCAUCGGCGAAGCCCUCCGUCAGUGCAUGUGGCUCGCCUCUCGACAAAAUAGCUGUGUGGUGACCAGAGGAGCCUUUCUGGAUGUGUUGGUGUGCCUGUGUGGGCCGAAGAUCAGUCUUCUGGAUGAUUCAGAGGUCAGUGAUCUCCGUCAGGAAGCUCUAUCCGUCCUGAUGGCCUCAGAUCUCGUCACCUCCGACACUUCCUCUACCACCAUGGGGCCCGGCAGCACCCAGUACCUGCUCAGCCUGGCUCGGGUGGCCCUCAGUGCCAGCGUGGAGAUCCCUGAGCUCUGGGGGGGCCCUCAGCUCCCGAGCCAGCUCCUGCAGUGUCUGCUGCAGUGCCCACAGUACGAGGUGAGGGAGCUGGCACUGGAGGGGGUCCUGAAGAGGUUGCAGGAGGAGGCGGAAAAGAAGAGGAGACCUCAGUGGCUGGACCAGACCACCCUGUCUAACCUGACCAGCCUGGCUCUUCACGAGACACACCCCCAGUGUCUGGCCAAGGUCCUCACAGUGUUGUGCGUAUUGAGCUCCGGAAAUGAGCUCCAGUGGAGGGGUGGUGUUAAGAUUUUGUCCCAGGAGGAGGUCCUGCUGCACCUUCUUGCUCUGGCACAGAAUUCUGCUCACAGUGUGGAGCUCCACUGUGCCGCCAUGACCCUGGUCUCUCAACUGGUGGUUCAACUGGUGAACUCUAACCCUCGGGGUGCGAGUGCAGAGGCUUGUUUAGCUCAGUGGGGGGCGCUGGUGUGCUCAUGCUGCAGCGAGGAGCAGCCAGUGGAGGUGAAGCUGAUGGCGGCCAAGGUGUUGGUCAACUGUACAGCCACUGUGCUGACCAGCGCUCAUCUGCCACUGGGUCUGUCCACUACAGUUUCUCUGUGGAGGAGUGUGUUUACGCUGCUGCAGGAUGAAGACCAAGAAGUCCGAGAUUCAGCCUCUGACUUCAUCUCUAAUGUGCCAGCACAUCUGCUCAGUACAGAUGUGGCAGGUGUGUUCGUGUGUCCUCCCGUAGCCCUGGACUCGGGCGUGGGGCUCCUGUGUCAGCUGUUUGAGCUGUGGCGGCAGGUACCCGCGGGUGUCCUCGCUUUGACGGAGUGGCUGCUGGGAGAGGAAGAAGAUGCGGCAGUUGCAGAUGAAGCUUCCAGCCUGGAUGAAGAGGACUUCCUGUUCGAGAAGGGGGAUCUGAACCUGUGGGCCGAGCCGGUCCAGUGGGUGAAGCUGCUUCACAGACAUCUUGGCUCCCUCAUCCUGACCUUCAAGCAGACCCAGGCCCCAGGAAUCUCAGGGCCGGACCAGGUUCACCAAAUCCAUACACUGUCAACUCAGGCCCAAACCAUGGCACUCAGCUCCCGGCAGGCCCUGGACUCCCUCCCUGCCCUGCCCCAGUUUUCCUGCACCAUGGAGCACGCCCGGCUGGUGCUGCAGCACCAGAGGGCCACUCUAGCUCUAGAUGUGCUGGAGAGGCUGAGGUAGAGGAGUCAGCAGUGUUUGGCUCUAAUAGCACCACAUUUUUUAUUUUAGUGAAAAUUGUUUGAGUCAGGGUUCCUAAUAUUAAACUAAAGGAUAAGUUAUCAGAUAAAUAAACAACACAUGAGACCACAGACUGGCCUUGUGGUCACGUCUUUUUAUUAUCAAAUCAAGGGAAUGAAGAAAACAAUAGGAUGUUUUUACUCUGAACUUCUCUCUUAUGUUGUCUUACAAAUGUUGCCCUCAUUGAUUACCAGAUGUGUUUUUCGUUUUUGUCAUCAUUUUUAUGAUUACUGUUCCUUGAUGUCUUUUUAAUUAAAUGUCGGAAAUGACUGCA